CAUCUGUUCUCGUUUUCACGAACAGUGACAACGAGUGUGUAUGUGUGUGUUUUUGAUCGGCGAAUUUCUCGCAGCGCAGCACCCUGAGCGUCGUCAGAGUCACCUUGCUAGCGCCGCAACUUCAUCCGGACACGAGAGGACGGCGAUAACGAGCCAACCACGGAGCAUAUCCGAAAUAUGGCCGCGAAUCUGGAUGAGGAGCAGAGUCUGCGGGAGUGCGAGGCCUACGUCCAGAGGCACAACAUUCAGCAGACCCUGAAGGACUGCAUCGUGCAGCUGUGCGUCAGCCGCCCGGAAAACCCUAUCGCCUUCCUCAGGGAGUACUUUCAAAAGUUGGAGAGGGAGCAGGCACAUGACGCCAAGCAGGCAGCCGCCAGUCCUGAGGACACGGAGGACCUUUCGCCCCUUCCGGCUCAGGCGCACCAGCCAGUGAGGCGCCGAGGUGGAAUAUCGGCCGAACCAGUGUCCGAGGAGGAUGCCACGAGCUAUGUCAAAAAAGUGGUGCCGAAGGACUACAAGACCAUGGCUGCUCUCUCGAAGGCCAUCGCCAAGAAUGUCCUGUUCUCACAUUUGGACGAAAACGAGCGCUCCGACAUUUUUGAUGCCAUGUUCCCUGUCAACUUUUUGCCUGGCGAGAGCAUCAUCAAGCAGGGAGAUGAGGGAGACAACUUCUAUGUCGUAGAUCUGGGAGAAGUUGAGGUCUUUGUGAAUGGAGAACUGGUGACCACCAUUGGAGAAGGUGGCAGUUUUGGAGAGUUGGCCUUGAUCUACGGCACUCCUCGCGCCGCCACUGUCCGAGCCAAGACGGACGUCAAACUGUGGGGCAUCGACCGCGACUCUUACCGUCGCAUCUUAAUGGGCUCAACCAUCAGAAAGCGCAAGAUGUACGACGAGUUCCUCUCUAGGGUCUCCAUACUUGAGAGCCUUGACAAAUGGGAGCGCCUGACCGUUGCUGAUGCCCUGGAACCAGUUUCCUUUGACGAGAGGGAGACAAUUGUCCGCCAAGGAGAACCUGGAGAUGAUUUCUACAUCAUUGUCGAAGGCACCGCUCUUGUCUUGCAGUAUAGAGCAGAGGGCGACGAACCUGUUGAAGUUGGCCGACUGGGACCUUCAGACUAUUUUGGCGAGAUUGCUUUGUUACUGGACCGCCCACGAGCAGCUACCGUUGUGGCCAAGGGCCCCCUGAAGUGUGUCAAGUUGGACCGUGCACGAUUUGAACGAGUACUCGGACCAUGCGCUGACAUCCUGAAAAGAAACAUUCAGCAGUACAACAGCUUUGUGUCCCUCUCCGUUUAAGGCAACUGUUCCUUUUCUUCCCCCUUUUGUUGUUGAAGUGCCCUGAAAUCACUGACCACAAAAUCCCUUCCGGUCUGCACGUGACUCUAAAUGUAAAAUUAAAAAACCCAAAUCCGUACAUCUUUCUCAGAGUCCACUCAAAAGUGUGGAGUAAAUUAUGAUAAAUUUGUUUACUUAAUAUUGAAUAGAGACACAAAAGUAACUGUGAAAAUUUGUGUAACACCAUGUCAUAAAAUUUACAAUGGAAACUUGUGCAUAUUUUUAGUGUCUAGGGGAUCAAGAUGUUUUAUGUAAAUAAGUGGGGACUGCCAAAAAGCAAAAUUUUCGGACAUUUUAGCUUUUUCCAGGCCUUUCCAGCAUUUCACUGUUUAGUUUGAUUGCACUGAGAAGCACUUAUAUCAGAAUUUGGAAAGGCCUUUUACAAAAAUUUCUCCCUCAACACAUUUGUUGUUAGCUUCAGUUCCACUGCAGUGAAGAUUUAAAAAAUAUAUAUGAAAAUUCUGUGGCUAGCGAGAAAUAUUGUAAUAAUUAACUUUGCUGCAGAAUAGUUUAAAUUAAUUUUUAUAUUUAAAGUGAGAAGUAAUUUAAUGCUAUACAUAUAUUAUAUAUUAUUAUGAUCCGUUAAAACAGCAUAUUGGUACUAAUUUAUUGUAUUUGUAAUUAAGUAAUGCUAAACGGUUGAAUUAAUCAUUAUUAUUGUUGCACUCACACCAGAAAGAAAUAAUUUGGAGGUGUAGGUUUGACUACGAUGCCAACUAAUCUUGAACAAGUUUCUUAAAAAUAUUAGCAGAGGAUUCAUGAGCUUAGGCGGGAAACUAAUAUUUAUACACAAAAGAAUUUUCACAGCAUUACUACACCCUUCUUAACUGGCACUUCUGAUGAUUAUCUACUGUCUCAAGUGGUUUAGCUGUAAAUUUAUAAAUAACUGCAAUCAAAAGCCAUUUUUGCCUCUUGCGGGCCGAGAGGAAAAACAUGGAAAACAGUGAGGAAUAAUUGAAAAACCCAAGAACGACUGUCUGAAGAAAAAUAAAAUGUUUCGGAGAAGCCUUUGUCUGAUUAGUCUGUCAUUUUUGAAAACUUGAGUGAAAUUCAUUUCUCUUUGACAUAUUCUGAUUUUGAACAAAAAUUUAUCAACCACUAAAUUAAUGUCAAACACCUUCUGGCCAUGAGACGUGGUCUGAAACAGUAAUUAUUGUAUAUUUCUCUUAAAACAUUUGAUGUGUCUAAACAAGAAUGUGUUGAACGUCAUGGUACCAACAAGCCUGACUGGCAAAUUAAUGGGUCAGUGAUCGCGGCUGGUUCCGUGGCCAGCUGUGCCACGCUUUUUUGACACUUUGUGGCUUGUCGUGCCCAAAAUUUUAUUAGAGCUCAUUACGAAGUGAACCUAUAGCUGUAUGUAUCUUUUAUCUCUUGGAAAAUAAAUCCUGAAAUUUAUUAAUUGUGA